UAUCGAAUCAAACCGCGCUUUCUAAUCCACGAUGGGACUAUUCUACACUAUUUUGCUAUCAUUAACGUUAGCGUUAGCAGCGAAUACAAUUAGUGUCGGUUAUAACUUUGUUCGAGAUGUUAACGGAAAGCCACACAUGAUUAACCCAAAUCCCUACAGCGUAAUUGAUGCGCACUUGGAGCCAAGAUUUACUGCCGAAGCGGAUAUCUUCUUUCGGCUGUACACUAGAAAGAAUCCUGAAAGGGAUCAGCUUUUAAAACCAAACGAAACAAGUUCGAUUUUAGGCUCAAAUUUCAAUCCUGCACAUCCAAUAAGAUUUCUAAUUCACGGAUGGAAUCAGAAUGGAGAGUCAGACACAAUUAUCAAUAUAAGAGACAGUUAUCUAUCGGUUGGUGAAUUCAAUGUGAUUACCGUCGAUUGGGGCCUGGGAGCAAAAACAAUUAACUACAUCACUGCGCGCAACCUAGUCGGACCUGUAGGCAACGUGACAUCGCGACUAAUAGACACGUUGCUGCAGUCGACUGACAUUCUUCGAAAGCAGAUCUACGUUAUUGGGCACAGCUUAGGUGCUCACAUUGCCGGCGUCGUCGGAAAACACCAACACGGUCAACUCAAUACCAUUGUUGGACUAGACCCAGCCGGUCCACUGUUCUCAGUUGGCAAUUCUGAUAUUCUAAUGAGAGCAGAUGCUCAAUACGUGGAAACCUUGUGCACCAAUGCCGGUCUGUUGGGGUUCUACAAACCCUUGGGAGACGCCAAUUUCUAUCCCAAUGGGGGACACUCGCAACCUGGAUGCGGUGUAGAUCUGAUCGGUUGGUGUGCUCAUGCUCGCUCGUGGAUUUAUUUUGCCGAAUCGGUGACUAAUAGUUUAGGCUUCCAAGCGACGAAGUGUGUCUCGUUUGAAGCCCUAAUGGCAGGGAAAUGUGAUUCGGGUCGAUCUGCAAUCAUCCGAAUGGGUGGGGAACCGUCUAACCAUGGACAGCAGUUGGAAGGUAUUUUUCUGGUUCAAACCAACUCUCAGGCACCGUUCGGGAAGGGGUAAUGCUGCUUUUCUUAUUUUUCUAUGGUUCUCUUAUGAUUCUGAAAAGGUUUUGAAAUUAAUAAAGAAUGUUCAAUAUCAUUAA